AUGCCCUCGCUAAGAUUCUCGCAUGCUACUCUCGACCGUCUCGGUUAUUGUAAUGGCCUUCACCCGUGCAACACGUGUAUCAAGAGGAACUUGAUAUGCGACUACACGGACGGCAGAGGCCCUGCCAAACUGAUGGCCGUCCAUGCAACGUCUCCCACGGGACAGAGCCUCGCUUCUGACUCUGUCGACACCAUCGGGGCGACUCCCGUUCACGAGGCGACCCUCGAAGCGUCGCCCAAGAGAUCGCCCAAGCAGGCCAGAUCGGCGCGACAGGCGAAGCGCAAGGAAAAGUACUCCCGCCACUCCUACGAUGUUUCCUCCGUCAGCGAGGGCGAUGAGAGCUUCCGCAACAGCACGGCGUCCGAGACGGACGAGGAGGCCGAAGUUAUUGGCCAAAUCAGAAUGCUGCAGGAUCCCAUGAAGCGGCUUUACCUGUUUGACCGAGCAACGUUUUACCAGUAUCUGGACGCAUGUUAUUCGGGCCCACUCGAGGUCAACCCAUCGACACUAUGUUUAGUCUAUCUGACUUUGGCAAUCGGUUUUGUUUUGGCGUCGCCAGCUCCGGGUAGCCCUGAGGAGCUGAUGAUGAAAAGUUUCCAAGAGGGACCCGGAGAGAGGGCGGAGGCCCUUUUUCGGGCCGCCAAGUGUCUGAGUGAUCCCCAUAACGGGGUUGAGCACGCAGAUCUGUGGAUGAUUCAGGCCUGGACUUUGAUGGCGUUUUACAUGUUGAUCAUCUCGAAGCGUAACGCGGCGUACGCCUAUUGUGGCAUGGCUGUCCGCUCUGCGUAUUCUCUGGGGUUGCAUCGAAUCCGAGACACGAUGGUGAAGUUUAACAAUGAGAUUGCAAGGCGCAACCUUUGGAGAAGCCUGUUUGUGCUGGACAGGUUUCUCGCCACGGCUCUCGGGCGUCCUGCUGCGAUCAGUGAAGAGGACUGUUCGAGCGACUCGUUGGACUCGCCGGCAGAUCUCUUGCUUGACAACGCCCAGCAAGGAGAAGACAUGAUUCGGACCGUCAGCCUCGACGCAUCUGUCCGGAUCUCCCGGUCCAUCGGCACCAUGCUGAAGAAGGUCUAUUCGGAGCGCAAGAUUUCGACCAAAGUGGCUCAGGAGAUUGUCGACGACUGCCAGCUUUGGGCUUUCAACGGUCAUCCAUCUUUGGCAGUGAGCGACCUCCUCAAUGGAAAGGCACCGGCAGAGAUGGGCAUUCCCAUCUUGCACGUGCACUUGCUCCAUUACCAUUCCAUCCUUCUCCUGAGCAGGCCGUUCUUUAUCGAUCUGCUGGUGAAGACGCGGCCAACCAUUUCGGGAGACGUCGAACCGCUUCACCGGACGUUUUCGAGAUCGGAAAAGUUUUCCCAGGCGUGCGUGGCUGCAUCGACUCAUUCCGUCACGCUCGUCCAGGCGGCCUUUGAGGCCAAGUAUUUGCCGCGACGUAACCCGUUUAUCUUGUAUUUCCUUUUUGCGGCGGCCUUGAUCAUCUUGAGUAAUGAGUUUGCCGGUUUAUACGAAAACGAGCAUUACGCAGUGUCCAUGACGAGCGCCAUCAACAUCAUGGAGUACUGCGCCGCUGAAGACGUCCAAGCUCAGCGAAUGCUCUACAUCCUAAAGUCCUUCCUCGCAGAUGUUGAGAAGCAUCUCAAGUCGUCCGUCUCGGGCGACCAGUCCGAGCUCGCCCUGCCAGAGUGCCACAUCGGCGACCCGGAGGAGGUCUUGCAGACGAGGAGGCAGAGUCUCGCUGCUCGACGAAACACUUACCACCGCCAACAUCGCCAACAACAACAGCAGCAGCAGCAACAACAACAACAACAACAGCAGCAGCAGCAGCAGCCGUCGACGCCCAUUGGUGGAGGCUCUUCAUCCGAUGCCAUGGAGUACUAUCCUCACAUGGACACGGACGCGCGCGAAUCGACCAUUCACGUGCAGAGCAUGGGACCUCUCGUGAUGCGCGGAGAGCGUGCCAUGGCUUCCACCACGACGAGCCCGACUCUGUCGACCCGCCCUCGCUCGUUUUAUCGGAGGGCGGAUCUCGCCCUUUCGAAGCCAGACGAGCAGCAAGAGUUUGAGAAUCUGUCCGCCCACCACAGCAACAGCAGCCCUGCCGACGUGCAGUCGACGAGCAUGGACUCGGAGGAGACCAAGGUGUACACUCACGGCUACAAUAGCCCGACAAUGAUGCCUCAUGCGGAACAGUCGGCUUUUCAGGCUCAGCAUCAUGGAGGCGCCGGAGGAGGCUUCAGAGGGUACCCCGCCGCUCCGGGGGGGCGUGAGAGUGAGAGGACUCAUUUUGGUGGGCACUAUCUGUAUGUCGAUGACAAAUGA